UCAGGUUUCUCCGCCAAUCGCCGUGCGUGUCAGUGUUGAGCUGGUUACCCCGGCAAGUGAGUGAAAAUGACUGAAAGAGGGUACAGUUUCUCGCUAACAACUUUCAGCCCUUCUGGCAAAUUGGUCCAGAUUGAAUAUGCCCUGGCAGCUGUAGCAGCAGGAGCACCAUCAGUUGGAAUAAAAGCUGCUAAUGGAGUGGUGUUGGCAACAGAGAAGAAACAGAAGUCCAUUCUAUAUGAUGAACAGAGUGUACACAAAGUGGAACCAAUCACCAAACACAUAGGCAUGGUGUAUAGUGGCAUGGGUCCUGAUUACAGGGUGCUGGUACGAAGAGCUCGGAAAUUGGCUCAACAGUACUUUCUGGUUUAUCAGGAGCCUAUUCCUACUGCUCAGCUAGUACAGAGGGUGGCUUCAGUAAUGCAGGAGUACACACAGUCCGGUGGUGUGCGUCCGUUUGGGGUAUCACUGCUGAUUGCUGGUUGGGAUGAGGGACGCCCGUAUCUUUUCCAGUCUGACCCAUCAGGUGCGUAUUUUGCAUGGAAAGCAACAGCAAUGGGAAAGAAUUAUGUAAAUGGGAAAACUUUUCUUGAAAAAAGAUACAAUGAAGAUCUGGAGCUCGAAGAUGCCAUUCACACAGCAAUCUUAACGCUAAAGGAAAGUUUUGAAGGGCAGAUGACUGAAGAUAACAUAGAGGUCGGCAUCUGCAAUGAAGAAGGAUUUAGACGACUCUCUCCAGCAGAGGUUAAAGAUUACCUGGCAGCCAUUGCUUAAAACCAACCAACAUCAAACCAUUCCUUCUGAGUUGUGUAGGUUUCUUCAGUAAUGUACAAAUACUGUAUUUUCAGUUGAGGAGUAUUUUUAUCAUUUGUAUUUUUUUUUUCUUGUUGUAAAACAAAAAAUAAAUCCUAGUAAUUUAAAUAUGGUUUCGACUACCCUGUGUUAGUGAACUCCAAUGUUUGCUGAAAAUAUGUUCUUGUUGAGUCCAUAAAUAAGAGCAUGUCCUUCUCAAGGACCGUACACCACUGCUUUUGAGUAAGAACCUAUGCUAAAGUAGGUAAAUUGGGUGACGUUAGUGAUGGAUUGCACUGAUCCCAUUAAUGUCUUUUGCUUCUUGAGCCUUGCUUGCUUAAUCAGCGUAAGAACUCUUCCUUUAUACCAUUCACACAGUUGAUUGUAGGCACGUAUUUUUUAUUUGUUUUUUUUCAAGCUGCUGUCACUCAAUGCAUUUUCUUUAGUAAUACCAGUACAUACUGUAUGUCAUUAAGUAUACAUUUCAUACAUUUUAAACUUUUGUUCAUUAGUUACUAGAGACAGGAAAAAUCUGGAAACUGUACCCAAGUUAUAACAUUUUAGACAGUUAUCAUGGAUUGUGCCAGUGAAGUGUAGUUUCUUUUUUCCAGCUGG